AUGUCGAGACCGCCGCCGUGGAGACCGACGGCGAAAGCGCAAUAUCAACACGAAUACCGCGAGGAGAAGAAGGCAGAGGUGGCAAGCCUCCGCAUAAAAGUCGCCGAGCUGGAGACGAUGCUCGUCCGGUUGCACGAGCGAGCCGCGACGCCUCGCCGUCGUCGCAAGCACGAUUUCAUGCUGUCAUGGCAGCAAGUGGCCCUGGCCCUGCGCACGUCGGCGCGGGACGCCAUGGUGACGCACCGCGACCUCGACAACAAAGUGGAAGCACAUCGUGAAGCGUUGCAGCGGCUCCAGGCGUGGGUCGCGCUCGCGACAACCAACGCUGUCCCGAUGCACCCGCCGUGGGGGGUGGCCAACAUGUCACUGGCGCGCAUGCCGUUGGUAAAGCACCCGAUUGCGCGGCGCCACGGCCUGGACUGGCUCACGCAGCUCAUGUUCCAUAACACAGACGCGAUUUUAGCCACGUACCAGUUCCCACCGAUCCUGUCCACGCACGCCGCGCCGUGUUUUCGGCUCGUCGUGGAAGAUCGCGCGUCCGACGGCAGCGUGGCUGUCGUGAGUCAGUACAUGAAAGUGUUUCACGGGGCGAUCGAAGCCGUGGUGCGCUGCGUCUACGACCGCGAAAUCCAGCACAAGAGCUAUACCAACGUGAGCUCGGCGGAGUGCUUGCGUCGCCGCAUCGACGUGGCCAGCCCAGACGACGAGACCGUGCGCAAUGUGGCCGAGAAUUCCGCCGUCGGCAGCCGCGCCCUCUCGUACGUGCGUGUGGCAACGCGGGGCAUGCAGAAAGCAACGUGCAUCCUCUAUCGAACGUUCGUGUGCGACAGUCCGGUGCGCAAAGACAUCGACGAUCCCUCGAUCGUCCCGACCAUACCCCCCACACCACGCCAUGGCACCGACCAGCGGCACAAACGAUGCGUUGUGGUCGGGCAAAGCGUGCCGCAAGACGAAAAGUUUCCCAGCGCUGCGAUCGGGCGCAAGACCUUGUCGUGGUAUGUUUUUGACGAGGUCGCGCCGCAGUCCACCGUGCUGCGGCACGUGUACGUGUCGCAUGGAGCGGUGGACGCUGCAACGGGGGACAGUGUGCCGCUCGAGCGAGAGGCCGCGUUGUGGGGGUGCCAUCUCGACACGAACGACUUGGAGCACAUCCAGCUCGAACGAUUCCGACGGCACAUUCAGCGCUUGGGCGCGAGGGCCGCGACGCAGCAAGAUGAAACCAUGCACGGCGUCGAUGCAGCCCUUCUUCGAUCUGCACGUGACCCAUCGCUUCGACGGCAACGAUCCGACCCGUCCACGGCAUUUUGA